UUUUCUUCGCAGUUGCAUUAUGGGAAAAGACAGAUGUCCAAACAUGGCCGCCAAAACCAGGGAUUCCCUCGUACUAUUUCAUUGUUUUUAAAAUCAAUUGAACAAUCGCUGAACAAUUAGGGAUUUUCUUAACAACAAAGAAUUGGUUUUAUUUUUUUGGAAGUGGUUAUAUUAAUGAAUGGAAGAUUAAAAUGUGAUAGAUCAAAUUCAAACAAAACAAUUCUGAAGAAAACAUGGAAGACAUUGGAACUUUUUUGACAGAGAACCGAACAUGUUUGUUGAUGUGUAUAUAAGUAUCAUGGAUUCGCUGAGACUAUGAACUGGAUGACAUAAGACUGACAAUGUCGAGUCGACAUGUUUGUUUUGUGUGCGGUAGUCUGGGCUCGGAAUCGGUGCUCCGGAUCAAACCACAUGACAGACUACCGCAUUUUCCAUUUUUGGAACACCAUGACCCACCAAAAGGAGCGCGACUACCGACCAGUUCGGGAACGGUGGACUGUUGCCGAGUAUGCUAUGCUUUUCUGACACAGCAGUGGGAGACAUAUGAACGGUCCAAAACUCCUGCCAUUAAACGCUUGUAUUGGUUGAAGCGUGCAGACAAUGGGCAUUUCACAGGAGCUGAAAUGAGACUGCAGGGGGAAUACAUAGCACAAAUCAUGGGUCUGAAUUAUCAACCAGGGAUUGAUGGUCGUGUGUCACCUGACAAUAGCACAAGAGACUAUCCCCCUUCCCCGCCAUUUCGUAAAGAGGAAAGAGAAACGCUGAGUGUGAAACAUUCUGUCCAUGGGGAGCAAGGUUUUAGCUACAAAUCUGACACAAAGUCUCACGUCAAAAUGAAGAUGUCAAGCCAAACAGUUAAUGCUUCGCACAAGGAGACCCAUAUGCACCAAUCACACAACAGCACAAAGGGCUCUCAGAGUGAGGGAGUUCACAACAACACAAAGGGCUCUCAGAGUGAGGGAGUUCUUGAUCUGACAGUAAGAAAAGAACCCAAGGCAAAGCCUGUUUCCACACCAAGUGAUAAUGAACAAAAGAUUGUGUGUUAUAUUUGUGCACAGAAUACUGGAGUAAGGAACUGUAAGUAUGUGUCUACCGCAAUGAAUUCAACCAGUGAACCAUUCUUCCCAGUUUUACAGAAAAUCAGCCAACCAGAGGGGGCAUUUCCCUUAAACCAGCAAGGCCAGGUUAUUGUGUGUGGGGACUGCAGGCUUCUGCUGUACCAGCAGUGGCAGGCUUAUGAACUUGCUGGUGUGCCAUUCCAGAACAGAGUGUACAAACUCUGUGAUGAUAAACUUAAAAUACCAAAGUCCGAACCAGUAAGCCACAUAGAGAAGUUGCCGAAAACUCCUGUGGAGAGUGACGAGUAUGUGUGUUAUUUGUGUGGGAAGCUUUAUGGCAGUGAUCUGAUUAGGUUGUUAUACACUGUGCCCCCUCGUGACCCCACGAUGGGAACAAUAUUCUUUCCCUUUGUACAAGAACUUCAGCGUCCCAAAGGAGCUCAGCCUUUGAAAUCGGAUGGAUCGGUUUUAUCAUGCCGAAACUGUUAUGCUGAGCUGUAUCACCAAUGGCAAUUGCAGGAAUCCAUGCAAGUUCCUGUUUAUCAACGCAAAUACUCUCUGUCAUUUGCAACCAUUAGCAAUCAAGAUGAACAAAGUCAUGGCAUGCAUAGAACUAGUGGUAUGGAAUCCAAAGGUUCUGUUGUGAAGUCAGAGGCAAUUCGUCCCCUGAAUAUCCACAUAUCUGAAGGAGUCCCUGGGAGUAGUAAGGGGAGUUCCCAAGGACUUCUAGCCAUCGCUGUAUCUGAUGAAAAGCAUGGAUCAGUCUUGUCUUCACCAAGCAAACUCUCCACGCUUCUUAAAAAACCAUAUGAAAAUUCUAGUUCUGGUGCAACCAUACCUCAUCCUCUUGAGCAGGCAGUGACAAAACCGAAAAAGAUUUGCUUCUUAUGUGGAGAGAAAUCAAGAAUGAUGAACACCCAUGUUAUACAUGCACACCCUAUCACUCAAGAAACCAAAAGUAGCAACACCAUGGUUAUGCCUUUCUUUCCCUUUCUGAUAAACUCCAGCCCAGCUCCAGGGGCUGAGUCCAUGACAGAGGAAGGAACGGUAAUCGUAUGCAGUAUCUGUUUCCACAUGCUCAUAAAGCAGUGGAACUUCUUUGAAGAGUAUCCCAGUGCAGAAAGUAUCAACCGAUAUCAUCGCAGAUAUGUCAUGCCCAGUUUUGUUUGUUACAUUUGCGCUAAAUGCACAGACAGAAAAAAUGUUAAAAUUUUGGAAGCAGCCAAGUUUCCAUUUCUUAAGGACAUUAAGUGUCCCCAAGAUUCGCUGGUACUUCACGGAGGUCUCCUAGUGAUCGCAUGUAAACCCUGUGCAAUAGAUCUGAAUCAGCAGUUUGCUGCUUAUGAGAGGUUGAAGGUGCCGGUCGCCCUUCGGAAGUACAAUUGGGUACAGAGGAUGACAAGUAAUGACCGGAGCGAGCAGGACACAGAGGUAGGGAGAGAGGAGAGAGAAUCUCAUGUGGAUGGUGUGGAAAGCCGGGACGUGGACAUAGAAGGUUUAGAUGACGCUGCAUCAGAGAGUGGGCUGCAGCCAGGUGCCAAGCCUCCACCAUUGACCACAAUGAUGAACCCUACGGCGUCCAAACUGUCACGGAAUACUGCAACGGUGCCACCCCUCAACCAGGUUUCUCCUAGUAAUGGUGUCACUUCCGUCAGUACUAGCGCCUCAAUGAAUGCCACGAGAACGGCCAGUUUUGCUGCCGCUCUCCGUAAACUCGCUCAUCAGGCAAAAGAUCCAGAGGAGACCGCUCCCAGUCAUAGCUCCCAGCCAGGCAGUUCUAGUACUAGUCCCCGGGCGGUUACUCCCAAGCGAGGACCCCCACCUCUGGUCUACAACAGCCACAACUCCUCACUGACAUCACCACCAGUGGUUACCAUAGCACCCACACAAGCUCACUCCACAAUUCCUAGCACGGAGACAAAACAGAGCAUUGAGCGAGCACACUCAGUUCAAAGCACAGCUUCCUCUGUGUAUGAAGCUCUGAGUCUGAAGCAGGAAAGAGAACGCCCACAAUCCACUCAUUCAAAUCGAGAUGAUGAUCGAAACUCGCUCAAAGAUCUCUCUAUCUCAAGAAGUCGUAUGACCCCCCACUCUGUCCACAGCUCAUCCCCAGCUGGUCUUAGAGAGGACAGCAUAGGGCGUGGUUUCCAGCCCUACAGACCUGGUGACGAUCUUCGACACCAAUUACCGCCCAAUGCCUUCGGCAUCGAUCCUGCCACCGCUGCUGCCUACUCGGCAGCCUAUCCGACAGCUGCCUUCCUUCCGCCCCACUCCUUUCCUCACCCAGCCUUCAGGUUUGAUGACCCGUUAAUGUUGGAGCGCUACAGGAUGAUGCAGACCCCCUACCUGCCUUUUGGACCCCCAGGGAUGCUGCCUCCCCCCGGAAUCCAUCCACUGCUGGCAUCUGGGAGGUACCCUCCCGAGUUACUACACCAGCAGUUUCCUUUUUCCUCAGCAUCCCGGUUACCAGAUCACAUAUCCCCCUCACUGUCUGAAAGACAAAGAAUUGAAGAAGAGAGAUACAGGGAACAUGAGAGAGAGAAGGAAAGAGAAAAGGAGUUGGAGAGGGAACGAGAAAAAGACAAAGAAAUUUUGCUCCGAGAGAAGGAGAGAAACAGGGAUAGAGAGAAGGAAUAUGACAAGGAUAAAGGUCAUUACUACAGCCAUAGUUCUGAUGGAUCUCGCAAAGAAAGGAGUGGAUCAAUAAGUGGUGGAGAACACCAUAGGCUUCCUAGGGCAGAGGAACUGGGACUGUCUCGCUUUGGUUCUAUCACUCAGGGGACUCCCAAAGAAAUGCAUCACAGGAAGGACACUCGUAUGGAUAAAGGGCAGGAAUCUGACCGUGCAGUGAGGGACGUGCAUGGGGAAAGGGGUAGUGUUCCAUUACCAAGCAACCUGGAACACACUUAUAAAAGAGAUGAGAAAUACUCGCAACUAUUCAGUUCAGGUCCAAAGAUGUCAGGGGAGGUACAAGAUGUCCGAUACACUCAGUUGCACUCUUUGGACCGUAGUGCCUCAAGUUCCCAUGCACCCACCGAAUCCAGACCCUCCAAAUCAGAUAACAACUUCUUCAGACCAUUUGAUACGAAAACAUUAACCAAUGGCUACCAUUCAGGAACCUCGGACCUGGACAAGUUGUCAUCCAGCUUUAAAAGCCUUAGUGACCAAAGAAGUAAAAGUGACGUACAUAGACACAAACACCGAGAAGAUAAAGUCCAUUCACAUCAUAAAACUCACAACGAUCUGUCCAGCUCAACUGACCAUAAACUCAAACAGGACAAGUCUCGUCCUGGAAAAUCCUCAGUGGAGGACAUUAGAAAUGGCAGUCAUUCUGCACGUUCACGUUCGCUAUUGUCCACCCUUAAUCAUCAGGUGGAUCACAGUUCAAGACACAACAAAUCUUCAAAUCACCAGUCAAAUUCAUCCCAUCUCCAUCAUAGUCAUGAAUCUCAAAGGAAUCUUAAAAGUCGACUUGACCUGGAAGAGCAGAGGUUGAAGAGGAAGCGAGCUAUCGAUCCUUACUACACUGAUAGUGAUGAGGAGGACACCGAGGAGAUGGAGAGAGAGAGAUUAUUGCUGAUCACCAGUGGUCCAUCACUGCCAGUGGAUGAAAAUCCAGAGAAAAUGAAGUUCCUCAAAAAUCUUGGAUUGACAUCCAGAAGGAUAAAAAAAGAUCUUGACUUUGAACGGUUGCGUAAUCGGCGACGUAUGCACCAUGAGCGGAGUGUGUCACCGUUGGAGAUAGAAAACCAAGGCUGCGAUCAGGAGAUAAGCAAUCUGCCAACACCCCCUCAAUCUGUCUCUGACCAGAUGUGUCGAGAUCAGGACUUCCCAGAGAAAUGUUCCUUUCUUAACAGCUUCCAGCUGUCUGUUGUGGAUAAGAAUAGGAAAAAAGAGUUGGAACAAAUUAAGCACGUUUGUGAAGAGGCAAGGAGGAGGAGGAGGCUAUCAGAGGAUUCCCAGUCAGGCUGCAAAAAGAGGAAAUUGAACUUGCCAGAUGGGAUAUCUAGAAAGGGGAGAAAAUCAGAUGGCAAAAGCUUUAGUCUGAUGUCUCGGAUUCCAAAUAAGGAGGCUUGUCGGGAAUUCGCAGAGGAAUUCCACCAGUCUGUCCUUCUGUCCACUCAACGGAAAGCCCUGGGUCAUGAUAUAAAACUUGGUAGUAUGGAAAGCCAUUACCCGUUGGGAGGUAGUGAUAUCAUUGACAUGGAAGUAGUCCCCAGGUGGCAGGGACCCAGUUCAGUCAUCCAGUCAUACCAAACUUAUCUCUCAGAGCAAAUAACUGAGAAGAAAGUUCUAAAAGAGAAGUACAAGGUUCUCCAGUCACAGAACAGUCACCUGUCAACAACUGCCAAGACUCUCCAACAAAAAGAAUUGGAGAUGCUUAGCUGUAAGAAAGAAAUGAAUGAACAAAGAAUGGAGACACAAAGUGCAAUAGACAGACUGAAACGGUGCUUAAAGGAUCUACACUGACAGAAAGAUCUGUCGUACUGAGGAAAGUUCGAACAUUACUGAUCUCAAGGAAGUUGUAUUGCGAUUAUCAUUGUAAAUAUUCAGUGUUUUACAGUGAUUGUUAAUUAAAGAUGUUCAAACAUGGAUUGCAUACCGCUACCGUUUGGUAGAAAAUCCAGCAAUGUUACUCCAAAUACAUACUGAAUUACACUAAGACUUUAAAAAGUGCUGUCUUGGAGACCUUCAUGUUUCCAUGGCUACUGGUGUGAAGUUGUGGCCUGUGAGGCAGAAGCCACACUAAUGUGCAGCAGAGAACUUUUUUUUUAUUUAUUGUUUUUUUAUAUUAUAUAUAUUAAUCAGUUUAUGUGAUCAUGUAGCCUUGUAUACAAAGAUUUUAUGCCGUUAAGUUGACCAAUCCGGGUCACUUUGUCUUUUGUUUUGAUAGUGCUUUAUACCGGUAUACCAAAAUUUUCAAAUGUCUCGCAAAGAUCUGUUUUUUGUAGCUUUUUUUCCCUCCAGUUUCAGAAGAGCCACAUUUAUUAUCAUGGCUGAUGAUGUGUAGAGAAUAAGAAAAAAUUCUUUGUUGUACUGUAAAUCAAGAAGUUUUGUGGGAUUUUAUUUUUACAACAUUGGCAUUGUUGAUUUAUGUGCGAGAAACUAAAUUUUUAUGAAUCGCAAUUUUACAUGAAAUUGAAACAUUGCAAAUAAAACCUGAUUGACAGUAUAUUUCUAAUUUUUACUGCUGAUUAAUUUUACAAGUUAUAGUGCUGCUAUUACCAUUAUUGCAAUCAUGAUGUAAAUGUGAUGUAAAUUUAAUAAAAUAUCUGAAGGUUUUUUCAACAUGACAUUGCUCACAAGCAAGCAAAUGAAAAAUUUCAAAUUUAGGCUAUCUGUGUCGGACAACAGUCCAAGUUUACAUAUUUUAAAAAUGACAAUCAUUGGGGAUAAAUACAAUGAAAAGAAAAACUAUCAGAUAUUUGUAUGAGGAUACACCUUAAUGAAUAUAUCCAAUGUUUCAAGAUUAUGCAGAAGAAUCGACUCAGUGUAUUAUCACUGCACAAGUAUAAUUAGUAUAGGAUAAAAUGAUGCAUUUUCUGUGCUGCAGCUGCUGAAUUAUACAAUAUGGACUACAAACUGUGCACCAGGGUCACCUCACCAUUCAAUUUUCUCUCUGUGUUUUCACAUUUGUGGCUUUACAUUUGAUGUACAAAACCAGUUCGUUUAACUCUCACUUGUUCAUGCUCAUGCCACAGUAUAUCAACAAAUGUAUUAAGAGUGAACAAAAUAAAUAUUAAGGAAAUUCA